AUGGCAGACGAUUCUCGUCAGCCCUGCAGGCGACGUCGAUCCUCCAUCUCCGAGCGCAUCCAGCGUGCGCUCCACGGCGAUCGGUCCGACAAGGUACGUAGUGUACCCACCAGUAUAACCAUCUCUGGACUAACGGGGUCAAAGAAACACCAGCGCUUCACAUCAGGCUACAAUACCGCGCAGCAGCAGGGCAGUCAGUCGCAGGUACAGCCUCAGACUCGAGACGGGACGCUUCCCCAGGCCGAGGCAGCCAACGCCCACGACACUUCAGCAGGCUUCUCGCUGCAGGAUGAAACGGUGCGUAGCUCGCGCACAUACUCGUCACAAACCUCUCGUCUGCCUUCGACAAGUACACCCGGCUCGAGCCCCUCGGUUCGACCAGUACGCUCCAAGGACGAAGAGACAGCACUCCAGCACCCAGCGACGCCGGAAGCGAAGAAGAAGCUCAAGGAUGAGGACAAUACCAUCUGCUCCUCGCCCACCUGGAAGGACACCGUCCACCAAGAGAGGCGAGCCACCAAACGACUGGAAACGGAGAGAAAAGACCUGGAGAAGCGUCUGAUUCAGCUGGAAAAGUCCCAGGCCAGACUGGAAAGUGGCAUUCAUGAGAGAAACUCUCGGCGCUUGACGAAGAAGCAGCCCCUGGACGGCUCCCAGCGAUCUUCCAGUGCCAAUUCCGACAGACCUCGGUCAGCGAGGUCUUUCACAGCUUUCUUCUCGGGAUCCCGACGGUCAUCCCAAUCGCGAGCCAGCUCUGCGAGUGGCAACGACCGGCGCCGCUCUUCUGAUAGUGGCUAUCAGGCUGAAGGAAGCCCCCCUACUCUACCGCUAUUGUUACCGGAGCGAUUUGGCACUGCGGUAUCUCGAGAGCUGGCAACUCGACAUGGAACAACGCUCAUCCCGACUCACCAGCUGCAACACUCCCCUCGCCCAUUGCACCAUACCCCAGCCAAGUCGGACGAUCUUCGAGAGAAUUGGAAGAUGGCGGAGGCGUGGCAGAAACAGAACGGUGGCUGGGAAUCGGGCGAUAAUCUGACCAGCUACCAGGAGGACCUGGGUGCGGCGGCUGGUGCUCAUCCAGUCGCUGAUACCUUCCGGGGGAGAGACAACCCUCACCCGUACACGCCACCGACCCAUCCUCCUCCUGGGGACCUCGACCGCGAGAGGUUCACUGCGAGUCUUAGACACGAAAGAAAGGUCUCGGAGACAGCCCAGCCUCCGGUUUCUAGGACUCCACAGGGCACCGCAGCAGACCUUUCAAUACCGCGGCUUAUGCGAAAGUCUCCACAAAGCCAGAGCCAUCCGCAGUCUGCUGAGCCUUCUUCUACCCGAGUGGCCACCGCUCGCCAACUGAAUGACCUUGCACAUGCACACCCGGAGAGCGCACAGAGUCCAUCCAACGUGAAAGUGCUUCCCCUCUCUGCUUCUGUGCCUGGGAACUCGAUCGGCGCCGUACCCAAGAAACGCCGUGGUGAUCCCAGUCUACACGUGCAUCAAAAGGGAUACAAGUCUUCUCCUUUGUCACUGAAUUCUUUUACAACCAACGACAUUGACUGGAAGAAAGAGGGCAAGACGCCCGCGGCCCCAACGCCACCGCGCUAUAACUAUGAGCUUGUGCCGCAGCCCCUUCGGGUAAACAACUAUGACGAGCCCCGGGGACGGAAUCGACAGCAUCCAUCUACUUUACCAUCAGAGAUGGUUCAGACCCAGGCUAAGGAGAACACUCGCGAUGACCACCGACAGUCGCUCAAGGGCCCGAUAGAUAUCCCGGCUGGCAAUGUCAAACCUCACCAGCAACGGUGGAAUCCCAGACCCAUGGCCUUUGACAAACCACAGCCAAUAACAGCAGACGUCCGGCCUCCUUCGACUGUAAUUCCCCCACAGAAACAUCCAGGCCGGCAAUCCGCACUCUCGGAGAACUCUCCUUAUGGCCGAACAGGCAAUGAGAGCCAACAGAUUCCAACUAUCCUGACGACAAAGGCACCCGCCACGCGCUCGCAGGAACUCGUGCCCUGGGCUCAUCAUUUGGCCACUGAAAUGCCGGGGAGUAUCUCCUCACCCAAUGUGUUGAACGGCCGAGGCCACAGUCGCUCCUCGUCUGGUGCUUCCAGCUAUGACACCGCCGACGAAGAAGUCCUCGACACACCCAACCACCCAGCGGAUCGAAAGGGACAUUCUCACACCAUGCCCCCUCGUGAGCCCACCCGCCCAUCUCCGCCUACGCAAUACUCUCCUCCCCCGACGAGAGAAAUCCAAAUCACCCCGCCUAGCCUGUAUGGCAACCCACCUGUCGCCCGAGACGGCGUGAUAGCAAUGAUGCGGCGGACUCCGGUCCAGGAGGUAACGCAGCCCCAGCAAGACCAGCUCGUCGCCAAAUUAUUCGUCAUCUGCUGCCACUGCCGGUUCUGGCACGACCUCCCGUCCGAACUGUACGCCACACUCGCCUGUUCCGAGCGUCUCCCAUCCGAGUCCCGUCUCGUCCGCACGUUUCCGCGUCGGAGCUCACUCGGCCGCCGCACUUCGCUUCGAAAGUCUGUCUUUGGGGGAAUUUCUGCGGACCAGGCGGUGCGGCGCUUGUCCAGAGGGAAGCAGGGUUCCUCGGCUCAUAUGCAGAUUGCCAAGGGUGGUGCCCAGUCUGGAGAGCCUGCUCUGGCUCAGGUGGCCCCUCUGCAGUGCUGUUGGUGUGGUCAUAGUAUGACGAGGUCCUGCUGUCAGGGAUGGACGACUCUUGUGCAGAUGCGCGAGAGGCACCACUAG